AUGUUAUUCCAGUUCAUAGCCGGGUUACUGGACGAAAACUGGACUCUUGGAAUUGAGUUGCCAGACGAAAAUAUUGCCGGACUUUUGGAAUUGAAAGUUGCCGGACGAAAAACAUUGCCGGACUUUGGAAUUAAGGUUAGCCAGACGAAAAAUAUGAUCGGAUUUUUGGAAUUGAGAGUUGUUUCUUUUCUAAGCGAGUCCAAGGCAUUGGGAAGUUUGACUGGAACCUGGAAUUUUUUAGACGUUUCUGGAUCAUUGAUUUCGAUGGUGAUAUUGGAAUUCAUCUUUGAACAAGAAAAUUUAAAGGUUCUUAAGAUCUCCUUAAACACAACCGAUUCUUUGUUAUCUUUGGACAUUGAUUUCGACAGCUUUUCUACUCUUUGGACGUGGAAAUUUGAUGGUUUGUUUCUCAGCUCUUUGGAUGUAAAAUUUGGUGAGAACAUCCCUUUAACAAGACGUUUUGUAUUCCAGACGACUUUUCAGCCCUUUGGAUAUGGCAUUCUGUCAUUAGCAAAUUAG